UGGGGAGGGUCACCGAGCGCAGGGCAGCGCAGCUGCAGCGGGAGCCGAGCAGAGCACAGAGCCGGCCAUGGGCAAGUCAGCUUCCAAACAGUUUAAUAAUGAGGUCCUGAAGGCCCACAAUGAGUACCGGCAGCAGCACGGCGUUCCCCCACUGAAGCUCUGCAAGAAGCUCAACCAAGAGGCUCAGCAGUAUUCCGAGGCCCUGGCCAGCACGAGGAUCCUUAAGCACAGCCCAGAGUCCAGUCGAGGCCAGUGUGGGGAGAACCUGGCAUGGGCAUCCUACGAUCAGACAGGAAAGGAGGUGGCAGAUAGAUGGUACAGUGAGAUCAAGAACUACAACUUCCAGCAGCCUGGCUUCACCUCAGGAACCGGACACUUCACAGCCAUGGUGUGGAAGAACACAAAGAAGAUGGGAGUGGGGAAGGCAUCUGCAAGUGAUGGGUCCUCCUUUGUGGUGGCCAGAUACUUCCCAGCAGGGAAUGUUGUCAACCAGGGCUUCUUUGAAGAAAAUGUCCUGCCUCCAAAGAAGUAACUUGUCAAAUGUCAUGGGAAAGCGGGAGACUUAAGAAUGUGGGUAUGAAGUGCCUAAAACAAUGAAAACCCAGCUGCAUGUCUAUCCCUGGGGUGUGUGUGCUUGUGUGUGCCAUGCAGGUGAACAUCUUCUGGGCACACACUUGGAUAUACAGCUCUGUGUGAGCUCAUCUUAUUAGAGGAAUGAGUGUCUGAAACAUUUACCCAAUGGUUACCCACACAAUUAUUUGAAUUUAGGGGUGGGGGGGAUCAAUUUUUUUUUUGUUAUUUUUUAAGCAAACUUCUUUUGUACCUUUCUUACUUCUAAUACCUAUCCUUAGACAUUUUGUAUUCCAAAUAUUUGUGAUGCUGAGAAGUGAAGGUCCUUUAUGUGGCCUUCAUGCAUUGUAAUCUACUUUUGGUAGAUAUUUAAGAGUAUUAAACCUUCAUUUCAAUGGGACACAAAGCAGCCUGUGUUGGAAACAAGGGGCAGCCAGAGUCACUUCACAGAACCAUGGACAUUCUCAAUGGAAGACAUGAUGUCAUUCAGCAUGUCUCCUGGGGUUCUCUUAUGGAAUUGCCAAAGAACAAAUGGAGAACAAACACUUCCUUACAUUUUUAAACCAUUAAAUAGCAAACUUCCACCACCACCACUACACCUCUUAUCCCCACACAUCUUUUUUCUUAAACUCUGCUGCAUUUCAGAGCUCAGAGUGCUACCCCUGGUUUCUGGGAAGUUGGGCCAAGUCUGGAUGCAUACCCCUCCCCCUUACGUGGCCCGGCCUUUUCUAGGAGAGAGCCCCUCACAUUGCCUGGGCUCCUGGCCAAGCAGACUUGGGCCAAUGAAGUCAGUGGUGUGCGGGUUAGGGUGAGCUCACUCAGGGCCCUGCCCCCACCCGGCAGAAGCCCAGGCCUAUUCCUGGCAGUUGUGGCUGCAGCUGUGCUGCUACUCCCUUCUGGAAUGUGUGACAACCCCAAAUGUUCCAGGGUGGUGUCCCAGGCAAGGGGCUUAGAAAUGCUAAUGUGGUUCUAUGUUUUGCCUCAAACUAGACAAAGUUCCCUGGAAUCAUAGUUUUACAAGGUCCAUAUGAGAUGGACCAACCCAGAUGACCAGCUGAGAGUCCUUGAAACAUGGCUUCUCCCUCUGUCAAGGUAGCAGGGGUCCAGGAAGGGGAUUGCUGGCCAGUCUUUGAAACAGCUUUCUGAAGGUCUGCAUUGCACUGUGAACAUGUCUCAUGCUGUGCCCUCAUUUCAUCCAGGGAUAUUGACUAA